AUUUCCUUCUUCCAAACCUUGAUGUUGAUGGUGACACUCGAUCUCAUGACACCUUAACUAUCAUCUCUCCGUACCCCGUCUCUGGCUUCGCCCUGGGAAGGAUCGCCGGAUCGCAGCUCGUCUUCCUCCCCCCUCCUCCCCGAUCUCGGCCUGCCCAAGCCCUAGAUUUCUAGGGUUUGUUAUAAUCGAAGCGCGAAUUUCUCACGCCUUCCUUGCUUUCUUUUCGUCUUAGUUGGGGAAGAUGCCUCUCAGACUAGAUAUCAAGAGGAAACUUGCUCAAAGGUCAGAAAGGGUAAAAUCGGUAGAUCUGCAUCCAACAGAACCAUGGAUUCUUGCAAGUCUAUAUUCUGGAAGUGUCUGUAUAUGGAACUAUCAAACACAGACUAUGGUAAAAUCUUUUGAGGUCACUGAGUUACCAGUCCGAUCAGCAAAAUUUAUAGCGCGGAAGCAGUGGGUUGUGGCUGGUGCAGAUGAUAUGUUUAUUCGUGUCUACAAUUACAAUACUAUGGACAAAAUUAAAGUAUUUGAGGCACAUACAGAUUACAUACGGUGUGUGGCUAUACACCCAACACUUCCAUAUGUUUUGUCAUCAUCAGAUGACAUGCUGAUAAAACUUUGGGACUGGGAGAAGGGUUGGAUGUGUACCCAAAUUUUUGAAGGACACUCUCACUAUGUGAUGCAAGUUGUCUUUAAUCCAAAAGACACAAAUACUUUUGCAAGUGCCUCCCUGGACCGCACAAUAAAGAUAUGGAAUCUUGGUUCUCCAGAUCCAAAUUUUACUUUAGAUGCUCAUUCAAAAGGAGUAAAUUGUGUUGAUUAUUUUACUGGUGGUGAUAGGCCAUAUUUAAUUACUGGUUCUGACGAUCAAACUGCAAAGGUCUGGGACUAUCAAACCAAGAGUUGUGUUCAAACACUUGAAGGUCAUACACACAAUGUUUCAGCUGUCUGUUUUCAUCCUGAGCUUCCAAUAAUACUAACAGGUUCAGAGGAUGGAACUGUUAGAGUUUGGCAUGCAACUACAUAUAGACUUGAAAAUACACUAAAUUAUGGUCUGGAACGAGUUUGGGCUGUAGGAUAUAUUAAGGGAUCAAGAAGGGUUGUAAUAGGAUAUGAUGAAGGAACCAUUAUGGUGAAGAUUGGCCGUGAAGUACCAGUUGCUAGCAUGGACAGUAGUGGAAAAAUCAUUUGGGCAAAGCACAAUGAGAUUCAAACAGUUAACAUCAAGACAGUCGGAGCUGAUUUCGAGGUUACAGAUGGUGAAAGAUUACCUUUAGCUGUGAAGGAGUUAGGAAGCUGUGAUCUCUAUCCACAAAGUUUGAAGCACAAUCCAAAUGGAAGAUUUGUCGUUGUUUGUGGAGAUGGAGAAUACAUUAUAUAUACUGCCUUAGCAUGGAGGAAUAGAUCAUUUGGAUCUGCUCUGGAGUUUGUCUGGUCAACUGAUGGAGAGUAUGCAAUCAGGGAAAGUACAUCAAAAAUUAAGAUCUUCAGUAAAACCUUUCAGGAGAGAAAAAGUAUUAGGCCAACAUUUUCCACAGAGCAUAUUUUUGGUGGAACACUGUUAGCUAUGUGCUCCAGUGACUUCAUUUGUUUUUAUGAUUGGGCCGAGUGCAGAUUAAUACGCCGGAUUGAUGUCAGUGUUAAAAAUCUCUAUUGGGCUGAUAGUGGUGACCUACUGGUCAUUGCUAGUGAUACUUCCUUCUAUAUUCUUAAGUACAAUAGAGAUGUUGUUUCCUCUUACCUAGAAAAUGGAAAACCAGUAGAUGACCAAGGUGUUGAAGAUGCAUUUGAGCUUCUUCAUGAAGUAAAUGAGCGGGUUAGAACUGGGAUAUGGGUUGGUGACUGUUUCAUUUAUAAUAAUUCUUCUUCACGGCUAAAUUAUUGUGUUGGUGGAGAGGUGACCACCAUGUUCCACUUGGAUCGGCCUAUGUACUUGCUAGGAUAUCUUGCUAGUCAAAGUCGGGUGUAUCUUAUUGACAAGGAGUUCAAUGUCAUGGGUUACACCUUACUCCUCAGCUUGAUUGAGUACAAGACACUUGUGAUGCGUGGGGACUUGGAACGUGCUAGUGAAGUUUUGCCAUCAAUUCCGAAGGAACAUCAUAAUAGUGUGGCUCAUUUCCUGGAAUCUCGGGGCAUGCUAGAGGAUGCUCUUGAAGUAGCAACAGACCCUGAUUACAGAUUUGACCUAGCAGUUCAGCUUGGUAGAUUGGAAAUUGCAAAGGCGAUUGCUACGGAAGUACAAAGUGAAUCAAAGUGGAAGCAACUAGGAGAGUUGGCUAUGUCUACCGGGAAGUUGGAGAUGGCUGAGCAAUGCCUGUCACAGGCUAUGGAUUUGAGUGGCUUAUUGCUUCUUUACUCAGCUCUUGGUGAUGCUGAAGGGAUAAAUAAACUUGCAUCUCUUGCAAAAGACCAAGGAAAAAAUAAUGUUGCCUUUCUUUGUCUAUUCAUGCUAGGUAAAUUGGAGGAUUGCCUUCAGUUAUUGGUGGAGAGUAACCGUAUUCCAGAAGCUGCACUAAUGGCAAGGUCUUAUCUUCCAAGCAAAGUCUCAGAUAUUGUGUCAAUUUGGAAAAAGGAUCUCAACAAGGUCAAUCCAAAAGCUGCAGAGUCUUUGGCUGAUCCUGAAGAGUAUCCUAAUCUUUUUGAAGACUGGCAGAUUGCUCUGGCUGUUGAAUCGAAUGUUGCUGAUAAAAGGGGUACAUAUCCUCCUGCUGAGGAAUAUUUACACCAUACUGAAAAGUCAAAUAUCAGUCUUGUGGAAGCUCUAAAAAGCAUGCAAGUUGAUGAUGAUGCCCUGCCACUGGAAAAUGGUGAUUCUGGCCACGAGGCAAUGGAAGAGAUUGGAGUAGACGAUGGUCAAGAGGAAGCUGUUGAAGUUGAUGUAGAUUAUUCGACCGAUAGUGCUGUCCUUGUCAAUGGAAAUGAGGGUGAGGAACAGUGGGUGCUAACUUCCCAUGAAUAGCAACUUUGACAGGAGGGGAUUCAAAUAUUGAAGUCAUCACUCGGUAAUGAUCAGGUUCUAGGAGGAAAAUUUUGGUGGCUCUAUUAUCCUGCAGCCUUGAGUUUUCUUCCUUGUGAUCUCUGACCUUCCAGAAUCAUCAAUUGGUAUAUGCAGAUUCAUGAAAUGGCGUAAAGCCACAAGUUGCUUGUGCACUUGAUUCCUAAAGAACAGGUUCGAUGAGCUGUCCUUGGUUUCUCCGGCCAUCCUUUCUGCAUAGCCUAUCAGACUACUUUAAUUCAGCUAUUGUGUUCGAUUAUGUCAUUUUUAAAUGUUUGUUAUUGUUUAUUGAAAAAGAAAAUUCUUGAAAACAGUAUUAUGACCGAGUUGGUUUUCUUUUUAUUAUCAAAUGAAGAGCAUAAUCACUUGAUGAUCUUUUUAUCA